AUGGCUCAAGUUGUCAAGAUCCAUGGCGAAGGAGGCGUGCGUCUCGAGGCGUACGAGCGCCCAGCCACAGGCCCUCGCGACAUCGUCGUCAAGCUCAAAGUGGCUGGGAUCUGUGGCUCCGACCUCAUGUACAUCCGGAUUGGCGGCAUUCCGCCCGGACACGUUACGGCGAUCGGGCACGAGGCGGCGGGCAUCGUCAUGGAGGUUGGCGACGAAGUGGAGGGCAUCAGCGUUGGUAUGCGCGUCGUCGUAAACCCAAUGGAGACGCCGAGUAACAUUGGCUCCGGAGGCCCGGAGGGUGCUUUCACGCAGGAGCUGCUGGUACGUGAUGCCAAGCUCGGCGCUUCGGUGCUGCCCAUUCCCGACGACAUCCCGUACGAGGUUGCGGCUCUGUGCGAACCGCUAGCUGUCGCCAUGCACGGUGUGAACCGUGCCAACGUCAAGGCUGGAGACAAGGUGGUCGUCUUCGGUUGCGGUCCAAUCGGUCUUGGCAUGUUGCUGUGGCUGGUGGAUCGCGGCGUGACGGACGUUGUUGCCCUUGACUUGGCAGAGGAGCGGCUUGAACGUGCCCGGGCACUCGGUGUUCGCGCAGCUUUUGAUCCCACCAAGGUGAACCUUCGCGAGGAGCUUGCCAAGCUGCACGGCGAAGUCCCGAGCUACAACCGACUUGGUGUUGGUACCGACGCCUUCAUUGAUGCCGCCGGAAAACCCAACAUCUUGUCAGACGUUGUGGCGAUGGCAAAGUAUCACUCUCGUAUGGUGAUCACCGCAGCUCACAUGAAGCCCCUCCAGUUCCCCGUUGGCCGCAUGCUGACGAGCGAGAUGACCAUCACGACUGCUGUGGGGUACCCGACUGAGAUGCCGGAGGUGAUGGCGGCCAUGCCCCGCCUAAAGUCGAAGAUCGCGUCGCUGAUCAGCCACCGUCUAGCGUUCCAAGACAUCCUGGAUGGACUCAAGAUCGCUGGCACACCGUCAUCCGCGAAAGUUGUCCUGGAGUUUGACUGAGCAAAGCACCGGGUUAAUUUGGAAAAAAAAUGACUUGUCCUCAUAAAGCAAACCUGAACAAAACCUGAGUACUCU